AUGCUCCGCAAGUUAGUUUGUAGCCUUCCUCGAUCAAGAACAGGUUGGAGAGGUUUAGCCAGCGGAUCAGACGGGAAAGGACCAAAAGAUCCAAACGCAAAAGAAGUGUUGGGCGAUGAUAUAUUAAAUGCAGUAAAUGAUAUCGCGAAUGAAUUGCACUCAACGAACCCUGCUGCGAAAAAAGAAGUCAAAAACACACUCAUUUCCAAAUUGAUAGCAACAGAGAAAAGUACUUUCCACGAUGCGACUGCUGCUCAAACCAUUGAUAUGUUAGAAGACAGUGCUGUUGUGAACCUACUUAGCGAUGUUGCUGCUGAUGCACAAGCCCAGAGAGUUGCUAAACCAACUGCGGCACAAAUCCGUCAGGAUAAAAGAGGAUUUGUGCUCUUACGCAAAGAAAUUUUCUAUCAGGCAAUUCAAAGCGGAUACAAAGCUGAAGAGGCACGCACGAUUGCCGAAAAAGCUGUAACACAAGCUCAAGAAAGAGUUUUAGCUCAGCGUCAAGCGCAACGAGAUGGAGCUAAUGCCGUUCUCGAAGAGGAAGCCGAAGCAACUGGAAAUCAGAGCGAAAAGGAGAAGAAAUUGUUCGAACAAGCAUAUCAGCUAGCAGAAAAAAUGUUGUAUCAAGAUGAUCUCUUUGACAAUAACGGUGUUAAAAGAAAAAUCGUCAGAGAGGAUCCUUCUCUUCCAUCACUUUUAAGUUCUUCUGAAAGGCUAGGUAUCUGGAGCACGUUAGAAGGAACUCAAGAUAGAACUCUCAGCUUCUGGACUGAGUGGGAUAAAAAUGCUGCUAGAACGAUGAAUAAAUCUCUUGGGCCGGAAAAUGACUUCGAGCAACAGAUUGAGUGGACUACUUCUGGAAAACAGUGGCAGUACCCUAUUGAUAAUGAAUUUAAACUUGGAGCUGAAGCAAAUGUUCCAUUCGUAGAGCAUAUUUUCUUAGAGCGUCACUUAAAAACUCUUGGAAUUCCUAACAAAGGACCAGUUGCCCAUUUCAUGCACCUGGUUUGCGUUGGAUUGUCGAAAAACCCAUACAUGACAGCAGAGAAGAAGAUAGAACAUUUGAAAUGGUUCGCCAAUUACUUCAGUAAAGAAAAGCAAGAGUUAGUUCAUAAAUUACACGAACAGGAACAAAUAGCAGCUCAGAAUGCUUGA